GGUGGCGUUGGUGCUGGCGCCUGGGGGCGGGGGACCGGGGAGGCGAGAAGGGGGGUCGCUGCGGUGGUUCUCUCGCUAUCGCGCUCUCCUUGCCUAUCUCCCGACUCGGUGGGCUCCUCCUGGCGCCUCCCUAGCCUCCGGGGCCCCACUCCCCGCCCCCCGCGGUAUGUCUUGAUCCUGAGCAGCGGGUUUCAUGGGGCUCCUCAGGAUUAUGAUGUCGCCUAAGUUGCAGCUGCUGGCAGUGGUGGCCUUCGCGGUGGCGAUGCUCUUCUUGGAGAACCAGAUACAGAAAUUGGAGGAGUCCCGGUCGAAGCUAGAAAGGGCUAUCGCAAGACACGAAAUCCGAGAAAUUCAGCAGCGACAUACAAUGGAUGGCCCUCGGCAAGAUAUGUCUUUAGAUGAGGAAGAGGACAUGGUGAUCAUUUAUAACAGAGUCCCCAAAACUGCGAGCACCUCUUUUACCAAUAUUGCCUAUGACCUGUGUGCAAAGAAUAAACACCAUGUCCUUCACAUCAAUACUACCAAAAAUAAUCCAGUGAUGUCACUGCAAGAUCAGGUGCGCUUUGUUAAGAAUAUAACUUCCUGGAAAGAGAUGAAACCAGGGUUUUAUCAUGGACAUGUUUCUUAUUUGGAUUUUGCAAAAUUUGGUGUGAAGAAGAAGCCAAUUUACAUUAAUGUCAUCAGGGAUCCUAUUGAGAGGCUAGUUUCUUACUAUUACUUUCUGAGAUUUGGAGAUGAUUAUAGACCAGAGUUGAGGAGGCGAAAACAAGGAGACAAAAAGGAAAGAAAUCUCAUCUUAGGAAAACCACAGAGAAGAAACUCCCCACUAAACAGACCAUUGCAAAACUGCAGCAGUCUGACAUUGGGAAAAUGGAGAAUGAGUUCUAUGAAUUUGCACUAG